AUGGACGGUAGGCGAUUAACACUGAGACCGGUGGAGGCAAUACGGCGUCUUGUGUCACACUCUUGUGCCAGCAGAUCGCCUUCCAGGCUCAGAACUCCGACGUCUUCCUUGGAUAUGUUGGGUGGGCUGCAGGCAACUUUGAUACAAGUACGUGAACGUCCGGCAAAACUUCGGCGUUUCAGUCCUCUGAUGACCACCUACCACCACGCCUCUUCACCAGCCUAUACUCUCAGCGAAGUGCCAACCCAAAACGGGACGACUUGGUCCGACACUUUGCUCACCAAGAGCUGCAUCGCGCCCAUUUCAGAAUCGCAAAGGGGUUCUACUGGAAUCUAA